GCCAGCGGCAGGAUGGGGGCGGGGGUGCGGGCAGCAUCAGGUGGUUCGGGUGCAGCAUCAGGUGGUUCGGGUGCAGCAUCAGGUGGUUCGGGUGCAGCAUCAGGUGGUUCGGGUGCAACAUCAGGUGGUUCGGGUGCAGCAUCAGGUGGUUCGGGUGCAGCAUCAGGUGGUUCGGGUGCAGCAUCAGGUGGUUCGGGUGCAGCAUCAGGUGGUUCGGGUGCAGCAUCAGGUGGUUCGGGUGCAGCAUCAGGUGGUUCGGGUUCAGCAUCAGGUGGUUCGGGUGCAGCAUCAGGUGGUUCGGGUGAGCACAGAGUGGGAAUAUCAGCAGCAACUGCAGGAAGGGGAACAGUGGCUGGUGGUUCAGGAGUGAAGAAGCAGGGUGCAGCGGUGGCAGGAGGAAGCACAGGGGGGCAGUCAGGGAAGGGCAAGACUGUGCCAGGUGAGCAUGGUGAUAUUCAAAGGAAUGCCAGCCGCACUGCAGGUGCAGGGAAGGAGGUGGUGGUGGCAGUACCAGCUAAGCAGGGAGGGGGCGGGGCUCAAGGGGAUAUGGGGGCCAAGGGGCACGUGAGCAGUGGCAAGGGGGGCAAGAGGGCAGAGGUGGUGGGUAGCAAGCAGGCAGCAGGUGGCAGAGGAAAGGCUGGAGCUGCUUCAGGCAGUGCAGUGGCAGCAAGCAAGGGUGCUGCUCUGACUCCUAAAGUCAGCAGUCCUGCAGUGCGUAGCAUCACAGGCACAGCAGCAGCAGCAGCAGCAGCAGGCAGCAAGACAGCAGCAAGAGUAACAGGUGGUAAAGCAGCAACGGGGCAGGGGAUGAAGGUAGCUGGGAAGGAAGGGCAAUCAGGGAGAGUUGAAGGUGGGAAAGCAGCUGCGGCUGACAGUGGCAGUGCACAGGGGAGACAGGCUGCAGAGGCGUCAGCAACAGCAACAGCCCACAAGGCGGGAUCUAGUGUUGAGAUGUCCGCUGCAAGCAGUAAAGUGAAGGCAGUGGGUGGUGCAGCAAAAAUUGCUGCUAGUGCAACAGCAGGGAAAGGUGUAGCCCAGGGCAAAGGUGGGAGAGAGGGCCCUGUAAGAGGUGGGAAAAACGUGAAAGUAGGUGGGAAGGAAGAAACCAUGGAGACCAGUGGGCGCAAAGACCAAGUACCACAGCACCAGCAGCCGCACAAGGCGACGCAGCAAGAGGUGCAGAAGGGCCAGGACAAAGGAAGCAUGGCAGAUUCUGGGCUGAAGCAACAAAGUGCUGCUGGCAGUGUAGAAGGUACUGGGAAAAGCCAGCUGCCUGCACAUGGCAGCAGGUCAGGGAUAGCGAGUGUUAAUGCUUCGGGAAGAGAAAGCCCUGAAGCGACGGUGCAACAGAAUCCUCUAGAUGCCAAAACGAGUAGACCAGUAGGGAAGGGGGUGGUUGCCAGUAGAGGUACUACCAAUGCCAAAACAAAGGCCAAAGGCUGAUUGAUUUAAUGAGUAUUCUUUUUCUAUAGUACACCUAGAAUGUAUGCUUGACA